AUGGAAAGCUCAUCGGCUGGUCAUGCCCAAUCUGUGGCAAACUCGGCAGGCAAGGUUCGAAUCUUACUACAGACCGUUACGCAUCUUGUCCCCGGCAGCGAGCGCCAUGAAAAACUAGAUUUUGUCCUCAACAUAGUCUGCCAGCAUCAUUGGCAACGGGACUUCGACUUUGAACAAGAGCGUUGGUCCUCAUAUCGUGAUGACUUUGGCUUGGAUAAAAGGCGCUGCUUCUUUCUGAUUGACCAUCACGGCUACGAUCAUACCAUCCAAGAGGAACAGGUACCGGUGAUAUGGUAUGAGUGGACGGGAGAAUCUCUUAUUCGUCUCAAUCAAGAUCUACCUUCCAAAGUAUUAAAAGAACUUAAGAAGUGGCCGUUUACAUGGGAAGGAAGGAAGUUCCACCGGGUGCCUAAGGGACAGGAUGGGGAAUAUCAUCCCAAGGACCGCCGGAAAAUAAUUCAGUCGAAGCGUCGCCUUGGUAUCCCUAUAUCUGAACAUGAUCUAGAAUUCUUAAGGGAGUAUUCAGAACAUGCGUGA